CUUUACACAAACAAGUCAAAAGUCAAGACCUUAAUAAGGUUUCGAUUUGUUUACAUCACCACCACCUCCACCACCUCCCGAGUCCACUUCUGAUCUAUCCCAAUAACAAAAUAAAACACUUUCGCAACUUAAAUCAACCAACCAACUCAAUUUCACAACACGUCACAUACAAUACACAAAUACAGAAAUACACAAGUUACUUGCAGUCACUACAAUUUGCUUUGAGGAAUCCUUUUGUCUUCAAUCAAUUCCAAUUUUUCAAUCACUUUUUCCAAUACUCCCCUUGGCUUUUCGCAUAUAGUUUUCUUCACCGCAAAAGCAGCGCAAUCUAAAACCAAUCAACCCCUCGACGCCUUCCUUCAUCGAACACCAUAUACAUUUGCGCCGGCGCCAAUCAUAUAAUCGUCAUCGGCCUCGAGAAGACAAGACCUCACAUACCACAGAAGAAUCAGCUAACCUACGAGUCUGUCGAUUCAAGCAUCAACAUACUUUCUGUCGCGUCGUUGCCCCACCUCUACGUUUGACAAUAUUCAUCAAUCGCGACCACAAGAACAGAAUAGGAACUCAGAGCACAAUGGCCGAAAUAGACUAUACUAGAAGAAACAAGUACGCGAGACCACUUUCCGAGGCCGAGAAGGAGCGUCUAGAUGAAUUUAUUGAUGCAAUUCAUUAUUCUGCAAGAUACUCCGACGAUCAAUACGAGUACCGACAUGUUCAGCUCCCAAAAGCUAUGCUGAAAGUUAUCCCAAAGGAAUACCAUGAUCCCCAAACUGGUACCUUGAAGCUAUUGUGGGAGGAAGAAUGGAGAGCAUUGGGAAUAACACAGAGUCUUGGCUGGGAACAUUAUGAGGUACAUGAGCCAGAACCACAUAUUCUACUCUUCAAGAGAUCAAUUAAUUAUCAACCACCAACUCAACAACAGUAAAUAUGCUGCAUUUCAUCAAACUCGAUCUCAACGAGUCUUUUGAUUCAGCAUAACACCUUAUACAGGAGGACAUAUGCUUUGACGAUGUUACGUCUGAUGUCUCUCCUAACUUACACGACUUAUUACACUUUAUGGUUUUCAAUUAUUCGUUUGAUGUACUAGAUCAGGAUUAAUUAACAUCAUCUCCACUGCUAUAUACUAGUCCUAGUUUAUCUUGGGAAGUUAAUGAUAGCAAGGCUUUUUAGGGCUGGUUGCAAUGGAUUUAGGGAGUGUAGAAAAGCAGAAAAGAACCCAAUACUGAGGAUCAGAUGAUGUAUGGUGGCAGGUUCAGCAUAAGUAUAUGCAGAACGGGAGGAUGAUUGAGGGGUUACAAUGGGGGGGGUGACGGUUCUCCGGUCAUUGCACUCUCAUUAGAAGGCAAGGGUUUACCAAAAGAACAAUAAAUCAUAUCUACAUAUAUGUUUUCAAUAUAAUGUGAUUGUGUGACAGCUAUUCCGUGCUUGGUGAGAUGGGAUGAUGAGAUCGUCGUGUGAUUCGAAGGACGAAGUCAGUAAUCACGCUCGUUGACUUUCGUAUGUUAUCGAUAUGAGAUGAUGAUGAUAUUUGAUGAGAUUUGAUGAUAUUUGAUUCUCACGCGAGUUCUUUGAUGUGGUGCUUGGUAAAUACAAGGUAGGUAGGUAGGUAGGUAGGUAGGCACCUAGUAACCUUUGGACUUGAAUGUCUAAAAUGGGAGGGGUAGAAGAAGAAACAGCAGGAUGAAUACCG